CAUGAUGGGAAAAGGGGGUGCCGAGACCAGGGAAGCACACGCCCGCUAGUCCGCCUGAGGGAUCGCACUGGGUCACGCGGAAGAAUUCUGUGAAAAUAAUUCUCGCCCCGGCGCGCGUCUCUCGGGUCCUAUUCCUGCUUCUGCGGCCGGUGCUCCCCGGCAGGAGAGGGGCGCCCCGAAGGAGCAAAGCUAUCUAUUACCAAGAAGAAAUAUAUUAGUUUAAACUGGAGAAUUCCUUUAUAUAAAUAAUUAGAAUGAAAGAACCUUUGGAUGGUGUAUGUGGCAGAGCAAUGGCACCACAGCAGGGACUUCCAGACACAAUUAAAGAGGAACCUGACAAUGUUCAAGAGUAUGGACAUGCCCCAAAGCCAAAAAUUCAAGGAAGUGAAUUGAAAAUUAAUGCUGUGUUUUCAAUCAGUGGAAUUCCUCUUGCCCAACAGUUGACCCCAGGCUUUCAGUUUCCUCUUGCAUCAACUGGCCCAAAUAGAUUGCUUCCUUCAGUUCCAGCUAUAGCUUUGCAAGCUGUUUGUUCUGGUUGUAAAAAAAUGCUUUAUAAAGGGCAAAACGCAUAUCAUAAGACAGGAUCUACUCAGCUCUUUUGCUCCACGCGGUGCAUUGCCAGAUAUUCUUCACCUGUCUGCCUACCACCUCCUCCCAAGAAAACCUGCACAAACUGCUCGAAAGACCUUUUAAAUCCUAAGAAUGUGAUCACAGCCCGAUUUGGAAAUUCCUCUCCUAGCAAAGAUUUCUGCAGCCAAUCAUGCCUUUCUUCUUAUGAACUAAAGAAAAAACCUGUUGUUACCAUAUAUACCAAUAGCACUUCAACUAAGUGCAGUAUGUGUCAGAAGAAUGCUGAUAUUCGAUUUGAAGUUAAGUAUCAAAAUGUGGUACAUGGUCUUUGUAGUGAUGCCUGUUUUUCAAAAUUUCACUCUACCAACAACCUCACUAUGAAAUGUUGUGAGAACUGUGGGAGCUAUUGCUAUAGUAGCUCUGGCUCUUCCCAGUCCCAGAAGGUUUUUACUUCAACAAGUGUCACAGCAUAUAAGCAGAAUUCAGCCCAGACACAUCCGUAUGCCUUGGGGAAAUCAUUGAGGCCCUCAGCUGAAAUGAUUGAGACUACCAGUGACUCAGGAAAAACAGAGCUUUUCUGCUCUAUUAACUGCUUAUCUGCUUAUAGAGUUAAGACAGUUACUUCUUCAGGUGUCCAGGUUUCGUGUCAUAGUUGUAAAACCUCGGCAGUCCCUCAGUAUCACCUAGCUAUGUCCAAUGGAAGUAUAUUCAGCUUCUGCAGCUCCAGUUGUGUUGUGGCUUUCCAGGAUGUAUUUGACAAGCCAAAAGGAACAACGUCUUCAGCAGUGCCCCUGUCUCAGGGCCAAAUAUGCCCGCCCUCUGGGUCAACAGUGUCAGCAAGAGGAGGUAACAGCACCUCCACGGCUCCCCCCAGCACUGUCAGUGGCCCUGCUGCAGCCAGUCUCCAUUCUCUUGCUGCACAAUCCCAGCAAGUUGCUUCAGUCCAUGCAGUUGUUAAACUCAAGUGUCAGAACUGUAUCAAUCUGUUUGCCAAAAAACCAGAACUUCUUUUCUACAAGGGUAAAAUGUUUCUCUUUUGUGGCAAGACUUGCUGUGAUGACUACAAAAAGAAAAAUAAAGUUAUAGCAAUGUGUGACUACUGUAAACUACAGAAAAUUAUAAAGGAGACUGUACGAUUUUCAGGGGUUGAUAAGCCUUUCUGUAGUGAAGUUUGCAAAUACCUCUCUGCCCGUGACUUUGGAGAACGAUGGGGAAACUACUGUAGGAUGUGCAGUUAUUGCUCCCAGACAUCCCCUAAUUUGGUAGAAAACCGAUUGGAGGGCAAGUUAGAAGAGUUUUGUUGUGAAGAUUGCAUGUCAAAAUUUACAGUUCUGUUUUAUCAGAUGGCCAAGUGUGAUGCUUGUAAACGACAGGGUAAGCUAAGCGAGUCCAUAAAAUGGCGAGGAAACAUCAAACAUUUCUGUAAUCUAUUUUGUGUCUUGGCGUUCUGUCACCAUCAAAUUACAAAUGACCUUGUUUCACAAAGAAAAGUACAAAUUGCUAAGGCACCAACUGCUUCAAUGGCAUUCCGUUCUGCGAGGACAAUUACAACACCAGUUAUAACCAAUGUGGUGUCAUUAGCAAAAGUAUCUCCUGCCCAGCCCACAGGGAACACUAACAGUGUUUUAAAAGGUGCAGUUACUAAAGAGGCAGCAAAGAUCGUUGAAGAUGGAAAUACACAGACAGAUGCCAUGAAACUUCUUUCUUCCCAGUCUUCCCGGCUUUUAAAGAACAAAGCAUUAUUGUGCAAGCCCGCCACACAGACCAAGGCCAUCUCUUGCAAACCACAUACACAACACAAGGAAUGUCAGACAGAUUUACCUAUCCCCAAUGGGAAGAAUGAUGUGGAACUUGAUUCUCCACCUGCAAAGAAAAGAAAAAUAGGUUUUUUCCAGACUUACGAUGUAGAAUAUUUAAAAGUUGGUUUUAUUAUCUAUCCUGGAUCAAAAGAAAGUUCACCAAGGCCUCAGUGUGUCAUUUGUGGAGAAAUCUUAUCUGCUGAACACAUGAAGCUAGCAAAUCUUUCUCAUCACUUAAAGACAAAACAUUCAGAAUUGGAAAACAAACCAGUAGAUUUUUUUGAACAAAAAUCUCUUGAAAUGGAAUGUCAAAAUAGUUCUUUUAAAAAGUGUUUACUAGUUGAAAAGUCACUCGUGAAAGCUUCUUAUUUAAUUGCUUUCCAAAUUGCUGCCAGCAAGAAGCCAUUCUCCAUUGCUGAAGAGUUAAUUAAACCACACUUAGUAGAAAUGUGUUCAGAAGUUUGGGGUUCAAGUGCUGGAGACAAAAUGAAAACCAUUCCUCUUUCUAAUAAUAUGAUUGGACACAGGAUUGAUGAACUGUCUGCAGACAUUGAAGACCAGCUGAUUCAAAAAGUCAGAGAGUCAAAGUGGUUUGCCCUUCAGAUAGAUGAGUCUUCAGAAAUCUCAAAUACUACCCUUCUUUUGUGCUAUAUUCGCUUCAUUGAUAAUGACUGUAGUGAUAUAAAAGAAGAAUUAUUAUGUUAUAUUGAAAUGCCUUCACCAAUAACUGGUGUUGAACUAUUUGAACUAAUAAAUAAAUAUAUUCAUAGUAAAUCUCUGAAUUGGAAAUAUUGUGUUGGUCUGUGUACAGAUGGGGCUGCAAGCAUGACUGGCAGGUAUUCUGGUUUAAGGGAAAAAAUUCAAGAAGUUGCCAUGAAUACACUGGCGUUUACACAUUGUUUUAUUCAUCGUGAACGUUUAGCAGCAGAAAAGUUGUCUCCAUGCUUACAUAAAACUCUUUUGCAGUCAGCACAAAUUUUAAGUUUUAUAAAGAGCAAUGCCUUGAAUUCACGUAUGUUAACAAUUUUGUAUGAAGAGAUGGGUUCUGAGCAUGUGAAUUUUCCA